AUGUGGGAAGUAGAGAAUGACGAUUGGACAUUUGCCUACACAAAGAUUAUACUUAGAGAGGCCGAUCGAUAUGACUAUGCGAUGUCGACUCGUCGUUACUCCAUGAAUUCCAAACCCGAUAUACAUGAACUCGACCUUAUCCCAAUUCCAACUUCAGAAGAAUCCACACGAGCACCUCAGCCAUUGUCCCAAGACUGUUACACUAAGCGACCUAGUCUACUGUUUUAUGAGGACACCGAGGGCCCAGCCGAAAAAAUGUGUAGUCUCCUACUGAGCGAAGCAAAAGUCUUCGAGACCUUGAGAGCAUUUCCCCAUCCUAAUAUUGCUAAACCUUUGCGAUGUGUGGUCGAGGAUGACAAAAUAACGGGCCUCUGCCUCGUCAAUUACGGUGCAACUUUGCAAGAUAGAGCAACUGAGGACUCUCGGCCUUUCGACAUUGACCUCUGUUGGAAGGGUAUCCAGCAGGGCAUUCGGCACCUUCAUAACUUAGAUCUUAUUCGUUGCGAUAUUAAUCCAAGGAACAUACUAAUGGAUGGGGACGCUCCGGUCAUUAUUGAUUUGGAUUUUUGUCAUCGUAAAGGAGAAAAACUAGGAAUUAAGAUUGGGACACGUGAGUGGACAAACAAAGAUUUCGAGUCUGCAUUGCCCGAGAACGAUGAAUAUGGAUUUUCAAAAAUUCGAGACUUUCUAUACAAAUCUCGGAAGACAUAA